AUGGUAUUAUAUAUCCUUGAUAUAAGACGACCUCGACAACCGAAACCGAACUCGAGAGGACGUGGCGGCAAUCAGAAGCGUAAGAAUUCCGCACCGGAACCAUCGUCAAUGAUCAGCACCGUGUCGAACGUUCAACAGUGGUGUCCACAGAUGAACGCCACGGCGCCACCUCAAACCCAGAACGCAAUGCAGCCACAAUGCCCCACAAACGGUCCGCCAAAGGUCAAGGAUGCCUUACUGAAGGUAUCGUCACCAGUUAUUUGA